AUGCGGACGUCUUCUAGAUGCAUGUUCUGUGCGCUGUCCAUAUUUGUGUGCGUUGCUUUCAUUUUUUACUCUUACGAUGUAGAAUCCGGACGUCUGAAGAUGAGAAUACAGAAUCCUUCCAUUGCCACAGACACCAUCACUGCUCUGGAUCAUCGAACAUUCAUCAUCGCUCCGUAUUAUGAGCCUAGACUUGGCCGGUCAGUUCGGGUCAUCGCCAUCAUCCAUGUAUCUGUGACCGAGCUCUAUUGUUUCUUCCAUUGUUCCGCCGAUGAGAUUGUCUUCACCCGGGCAGAAAUAGAUUUUCACAGAGAUUCAUUUGGGUUCCCAUAUGGAACAGCGGAUCUUCUAUGUGCAGAACCUUCUGGGUGUGAUUACACUUAUAUGUCUUUUUCUAAAUCCACAAACAUAAAUCAGAACCUCCUGUUUGAAGUCAGGAACCGUCCACCACAGCCGAUCUCUAACAAUUUCACCGUCUGUAUUUCUACUUUGUAUGGAAACUACGACAAUGUCCUCCAGAUGGUCCAGCACAUUGAGAUGUACAAGAUUCUGGGGGCCUCUAGAGUCACCAUGUAUAACACCAGCUGUUCCCGGGAUGUAGAUAAGGUGUUACGUCAUUACAUUGAUGAAGGAACUCUGGAGGUUGUGUCAUGGCCAAUAGACCGCCAUCUUCAGACAUCUAAGGAAUGGCAGUAUUCCAAAGGACUCAGCUCUGAGAUUAGUUAUUUUGGACAAACUGCCACCUUAAAUGAUUGUCUAUACAGGAACAUGUACACAAGUAAAUUUGUUCUCCUCAAUGACAUUGAUGAAAUUAUUAUUCCAGUCAAGGACUGGGACUGGUCAUCACUGAUGGAGAGUCUUCAGAAUGAACAUCCAGAUACAAGUGUCUUCCGCUUUGAGAAUCACGUCUUUCCCACUUUAGUCAACGCCUCUGGAUUUGACCUGUGGCCUCAUCUUCCCGGGGUCAAUAUUCUCCAUCAUUCUGUCAGAGAACCUAUAAAAUGGAAAUUCUGGAAUGGCCGAAAAAUGAUUGUGAACCCCAGGGACGUAUUUCAGACCUCCAUCCACUCCGCUCUGAAAUACAGAGGAGAAUCGAAGAAUAUAGCACAAGACAUGGCCAUCACCUUCCAUUGUACACACGAAUGGAGGAAUGACAUCACCGCAGAGAAACUCAUUCCAGAUAAUAUACUGAGGAGACACAAUGUGUCCUUAGUGCCAAAUGUAAAUAAGGUGAUUCAGAGACUUUUCCCUCAGUAAUA